AUGAUCUCGGACUUUAUCGGCCCAUGCUGGUAUUUGAUAGUGCUUGGUGAGACUCGCCGGUUAAUCGAAGUAUUACGAAAUCCUCGCAAGAGUCAAUGUGAACGACUCAGCUUGACAAAGGAGGUCUAUAUCACCAGGAUAACUUAUCAGGGCAAUUCCUAUAUUACAAAUAUCAGCAAUAUACCACUGGAAUCACAGUCUCUAGAUACUUCUACUCAAGAGUGUCUAAAGCUACCAACCCAGGUUAAAAGUCUUAUUAUAUCUACAGAUCAUAUUGGCGUACGUCGUCUACAGUUUGUGGAUGGAACUUCACAUCCAUCAGCGGACGAGUCGCCAUGGUAUGAAAUUAUUAAGCUACCUGGCUCAUGUCAGGAAUUACAAGUUAUUAACGACGGGCUAUUCAUUAGAAACAUGCGGGUCCCUCAGGAUAAGGUAUACGAUGUGACCAGAACUUGGAGCUCCCCUUACCCGCCAAAAUUUGAACCAUGGAAUACAUAUCGUGUUGAUAAGGGCCGCCGUUUAGACUAUGUGAAACUUGACGAUAACAGUAUUCAAGGUCUCCUUGUUUGUUGUUCUCGUGUCACAAAUGGGGGUUUUUACGCUUUCUCUAAUACAUCAAGACCGUUCAAAAAAUUCGUUAUCUCAAUGACCCAACGUAUCAAAAAGACCCCUAUUUUUUGGAUUUUUUUCCCGAUUAAUACCGGUGAAUCAAUUGAGGCGGCUUGGGUUCGAAGACUUAAAGAUUGUCACGGACGCUCUUCCAACCCCAUAUUAGUUACUACUUACGGAAGAACCGCUACAUUCGGACCUCACCCACCCGCUGAACUCCGAGAGCUAUACGAAUUUCACCCUCUAGUAAAAGAAAACGAUGGAGUUAUCUCGGGGAUUUUCCAUAACGGAUUAGAUCCAGAGUGUGAACAAAUUUCAGAGUUUGGGGUCACCUGCAACAAAAACCACCGUGUUAGAGCCACAAUGCCACAGCCGCCCAUUGAAAAAUACGACGCACCCUCUAUUCCUUCUCGGGGGGGCUCACCAGCCAUGACUUGGUACUUGACAAAGGCCCCCCUAGAGGGUCUACUGCGGGUACGAGUCUGUAAGGAUCAGGAAAAGCCGCAUAAUCCAUGCAUUGGCUUACUGCUAUAUUACAAAUGUGGUCGAGUAGAAUCGCUUGGGCAAAUUCGGUGGGACCGGGAUGUUUCGCAUGAAGCCUUUUCUCCUAUCUGCAUCAGGAGGAGCAAUGUUAACGGCAAGGGCUACAUUAAAGACGUUCAAAGAAGCUCUGAUUGCUCUAGGGCUAAUGAACGAAGCAACGAAUGGCAAGAACUACCACAAACCGGAACUCUUGUCUGGUGGUUUGGUCAUUUGGGUGAUGCUAUAAAUAUAUACAACGACUAG